AUAAAAUCAUGGGCUCCGUCACAUUCUCAAGUUUUUUUUUGUGGGGGGAUGACCCAAAUAUCCAUCACUUUUAACAUUAGCAGGUUUUACGGAAGCAAAUUUAUUUGGAAAGGGGUUCUGGACCCCAAGAUGCCCUACCCACAUGAGGACAAUUCAGUCAAGUUACUUCACCAUUUUACAUCGAUUGGUAAUCAAUGCUUUUUAUUUAGUGGCCUUGUGCCUGUCGAACAUCACUAUUAUUUUUUCCUUUGACUGAUCUUUCACACAUGCAAAAUUUGUCCAUUAGGAGAUCUAAAAUUAGUGUAUCAAUAUUUAUAAUGCAUUGCUUAGCAUUCUGUGGGAAAUCGUAACAUUUAGCGAACAAUUGUCGUUUAUUUGUAUCAGCUCUAUGAAGAUCCUUUUUCCGGUUACCACCGUUGACGGCGCUGGUGGUCGAACAUGAAGCUCAACGUGUCAUACCCCGCACAGGGGUCUCAGAAGUUAUUUGAAAUUGACGAUGAGAAGAAGGUGCGCGUUUUCUACGAGAAGCGCAUCGGCGCCACCGUGGAUAUGGACUCGAUCGGCGACGAGUGGAAGGGCUACGUGUGCCGCAUCACGGGCGGCAAUGACAAGCAGGGCUUCCCCAUGAAGCAGGGAGUCCUUACCACCAACCGUGUGCGCCUGCUGCUCAGCAAGGGCCACUCGUGCUUCCGUCCGCGCAGGAAGGGAUACCGCAAGCGCAAGUCUGUGCGCGGCUGCAUCGUGGACGCCACCCUCUCCGUCAUCUCCCUGGUGCUGGUCAAGAAGGGCGAGCAGGAGAUCCCCGGACUGACGGACGUCACCGUACCGCGCCGGCUCGGACCCAAGCGUGCCAACAACAUCCGCAAACUCUUCAACCUGACCAAGGAGGAUGACGUGCGUCAGUACGUGCUCAAGCGGCCGCUGCCUGCCAAGGAGGGCAAGGAGAACGCCAAGCAGCGCUUCAAGUCGCCCAAGAUCCAGCGCCUCAUCACCCCCGCUCGUCUGCAGCGCAAGAGGCACCGCGCCGCGCUCAAGAAGCGCCGCGUCGAGAAGCGGAACGUGGAGGCGGCCGAGUACGCCCGCCUGCUGGCGCAGCGCGCCAAGGAGACCACAGAGAAGAAGAAGGAGGCUCGCCGCCGGCGCAGCUCCAUGCGCGACUCGCAGAGCUCGCAGGAGGCCAAGAAGGCCGCCAAGUGAUCGCACCAUCGCUCGCCGACUAACACACAAUACAUGGAUACGGUGUGACGCCGGC